ACGGCCUCGCGCUCCACGCCGCCCGUGAUCUGUCUUGAACGCGACUUGACGUGCUCCUCCUCCUCCUCCUCCUCCUCGGCCGCGAUCCGGACCACGGCCUCCCGCGCUGGCCACCUCGCCCUCAACACCACUUGCCCCGGGCAACUUACACACCGCCUGCGCUGGAACCCAUGUCGCUUGCCGGGCGAGCAUUUCUUGGAAAGCGAGUCAACUUCUAGGAGAAGUCUGGGUCUCGCCUCACACGAGUGUUGCGGCUGCUCCACCUCCUUCUCCUGCCGCCAGCGACGUCGGGCCUUUCUGUCGGAGACUACAUCCUUUGGAGUCGCGCUUGCUUUCAUGCCGGCACCGGUCCUCCCGUUUCGUCCUCCCCACAUAUGGCGAGUACCCGAUUUGGAUCUGCCACCGAUAGGGCAGGCAGGACAAUGGCUUCCCCACGACCCAAGGCACGAGAUACAAAGGAUACUCUGUGUCGCAAUGUCCUAAUCUAUGGCCACUGCCGAUACGAAGACCAAGGUUGCGCCUUCAAUCACGAUCAGAACAAGAACUCCUCGAGUUCAAUGGAUGUCUCAAAGAAAUCUCUCAAUGUGGAAUCACCUUCCUUCACACCGGCUCAGCUUCCGGGUUCUAAAAAGACCGGAUUCUCAACCACUGCCACGCCAUUCACACCACGCGGUUCCGCAGCUGCGACAUCAUCACUCCCGCAAGAUGUGCCGGCAUUGUACAAGACUGGUCCCACGUUUGCCGAGUUCACACCACAAAACUAUGACUUGAACACUGCAUCGGGCACAAACGGGACUGGAGGAGAUGGCGCCAUGAGUUAUGAUCCAUUCACCAUGUCAAACGUCGCGCAGGCUUUGAACCCCGCAUCGCAGUACAACCCUUAUGCUGAAGAUCCGAAUGCGCUGUCUGGUGCCGGAGCCCAAUAUUAUGGUGCACAAGGUGCCUAUACGGCCCCCUUGCAGCCUCUCAACCAUCAUCUUUACAACCCCGUCAAUCCAUCAAGGGAAAAUCUCCUCCCACAUCAGAAGCAGAUUCAGGAGCUCUUUGUACCCGAACAUCUGCGAGAAGAACUGGCGAAGAAGUCAGAAGCCGCUCGUCAGGUCCUUCCUACUUCUACUUUGCCAUCACCUACUCAUUAUCACUCGCUCGUCCCAUUGGAUGUCAAGAUGAGGACAAACUCCGGCGGUUUCUUUGGUUUCCCUUCCUCUGUAUACAAAGCGUACUCGCGGAAACAAGGCAGCACCUUCUGCUUACGCCGCAUUGAAGGCUACCGAUUGACCGCAGAAGGGUCAUUCGUGAAAACAAUGACUGCGUGGAAGAAGAUAAUUCAUCCAAACGUUGUGACUACCGUGGAAGCAUUCACUACGAGGGAAUUCAGCGACAGUUCGCUGAUAUUCGUGCAACACUAUCACCCUCUCUCCAAGACCCUGGCUGAGGCUCAUUCCGCGACCACCGCCGCUGGCCGAUUUUCGCGACCCAGCCCAGUAGCCGAAAGAGUGCUUUGGAGCUACCUGUUGCAAAUUACGAGCGCAUUGCGCGCGAUACAUGCUGGGGGCCUGGCUGCUCGAUGCAUCGACGCGACCAAGGUUAUUAUUACGGACAAGAACCGUAUCAGACUUGCAGGCUGUUCCAUCAUCGAUGUCCUCCAAGGAGAGAACCAAACUCCCCUUGAAGACUUGCAGCAAGAGGACUUUUUGCACCUUGGCAGACUCAUCCUGAGCCUCGCCACACAUUCACAGCCGCGGAACUCCCACGAAGUUCCCCCUUUGCUUGAUCAGAUGAGCAGAUCCUACAGUCAGGAGCUCGUGAGUCGGACAAGCUGGCUGCUAUCACCACCUCAACCUGGUCAACCUAAGACCACGAAGGUCAUACUUGCCGAGUCUGCGACGCAUCUCGACGAUAUCAUGAUUGCGCAAUUCAAUUACCAAGAUGAGACGACCUCCCACCUCAGCAAGGAAUUGGAGAACGGCCGACUUUUCCGUCUCAUGGCAAAGCUGGGAGCAAUCAACGAGCGGCCAGAAUUCGACAAUGACCCAACCUGGUCAGAGACAAAUGAGCGAUAUACCUUGAAGCUCUUCCGCGACUACGUCUUUCACCAAGUCGACUCUCAAGGCAAUCCUGUUGUUGACCUUGGUCAUAUCGUACAGUGUCUCAACAAGCUCGACGCUGGCAUUGACGAAAAGAUAUACUUGACAAGCCGCGAUCAUCAGAGCGCAUUUGUGGUGACAUAUAAAGAGCUCAAGAAGCAGGUCACGACUGCAUUCGGAGAUCUCCUUAAGGGUGGCGCUGCGAAGAGCAAGAGUUACUAGGAAUACCCCCUGAGAGAUCAGCUGCAGCGCCUGGCACAGCAUACAAGAAAUCCCAUCAGAAAGUCAUAUUGACUCGGCCUUUCCUAUUCAGAAGCAGAAGCAGUGACGCUAUGUGGCACUUCUGAACCAGAAUGUAUGCCGGAAACGCAAUGUCAGCACGGGUUGUGGCAGAAGCACAAGCAAGCGCAAAGUCGGACGAGGUGUAAGAGGCGUUUCGCCCUGUACACUGCCGACACGCGAGUCAGUAUGGUACAGGCUUCAUCGUUUGGAGCUUCGGCGCCUGACAGCUACUAAGGACAAUCCUCCAUAUUCCGCAUAGCACUCAACUCGUGAGGUAACAACCGAAGCUGGGCUAGGAUCAAAGGCAGAAGAAGGCAAUGAAGAGGGAAGAGAAAGAUCACGUUCAAGAAGAAACACUAAAAAUGGGAAAACGCAUUAUCAUAAAACCAGAGGAUCUAU